AAUGCAGUUUUUUUCCGGGAAAAUUUUGUUGGUGGUAAUGGUGAAGGAGAAAAUGGUUCAGUUUGUUCUCAGCAAGGAAGCAAGGGAGUUAACCAAGAUGCUGCACUUCUCUACCAGGGAUAUGGAAUGGAAGAUGGAGCUUUCUGUGGAGUUUUUGACGGGCAUGGAGUGAGUGGAGACACAGUGAGCAAGAUUGUGAGAAAUCGUCUGCCAUCCUCAAUCAUGAACCAAAUUAACAGUGUCUCACCAAACAAGGAUUUCCAUAAAUGGCAACAGGCUUGUAUUACUGCCUUCAAAUUAAUGGAAAACGAGAUUAAGCUUCAGAAAAACUUGGACUGUUCUUGCAGUGGAACCACAGCUACCAUUGUAAUCAGACAGGAUCGAGAACUUGUUAUUGCUAAUAUCGGCGAUUCAAGGGCGGUGUUAGGCGCAAUACAAGAGAACGGAGAAUUGGAACCGGUUCAGUUAACUACUGACUUUAAGCCUGGAUUGCCUGGCGAAAUGGAGAGAAUAAGAAAAUGUAAUGGAAGAGUGAUGGCUAAGAAGGAUGAAGAACACAUUCAACGAGUGUGGCUACCUCAUGAGGACUUGCCGGGUCUAGCCAUGUCUCGAUCUUUUGGUGAUUUGCUACUUAAAAAUCACGGCGUGAUAGCGCUCCCUGAAGUUUCCCAUCACCACCUUACAAAUAAAGACCAAUUUGUAGUUCUUGCAACAGAUGGGGUGUGGGAUGUCCUUAGCAACAACGAAGUUGUUUCCAUUGUAUCGAAAGCAGCCGAAGAAAAGGUGGCGGCAAGGACGCUGGUCGAAGCAGCCACAACGGCAUGGAAAAAGUUUCCAUCGUCCAAGAUUGACGACAUCAGUGUGGUUUGCCUAUUCCUCAACAAAGCUCACAAACCUAAUCCUUGA